AUGGAGAAGAUCUGCAAUUGGUCGGCUGUGAGGCGAGGCAAAAGGGAAGGCCCUGCCAGAAGUGCCAAUUUCCGCUUUGAGAUGUUCCGGUACAACAUUGUGGCAGAGCAGGCGACCCCCGUCCGCGAGUGGGAUCGCACGGGUUUCAUGGCGCUGGCUCACCGGGAUCCGACGGCGCCCGGCGUGUGGCUGCCAAGACAAUCCGGUCGCUGA